GUAUAUGGAAUCUGGGUCAGCUGUAGCUGGUUAGUGCACUUCUGCAUGUGAGAGUAAAAUACUGCAGUUUCAAAAAACCCUUCUCUCUCUCUCGUCUGGAAUAACACAUACUGGAACAUUACUUUUUCCUUUUUUUUUUUUUUUUAAUUAUUAGUUAGCUUGGUUACUGUAUGGAGAAACUCAAUUCCUCAGUACAGCCUGGAUCUAACAGAGGAAGACAAAAGCAGUUUUCAACUCCAACUGCAGAUUAACAAUCCACAGCAUCGGGUAAUAUAGGAAGAAAAAGCAACUUGGCCUCUGGGUUUUCCAUCUACCACAGAAGCAAAACAGCUGGAAGCCUUUUUUUCUUGUCUCCUCUGAAAGUCAUCAUACUUGCUUUAAAAUGAAGAUAUUUAAAUGGACUUUGGGUGUACUAUUGUUCUUGCUGUUGUCUAUUGGGCGCUGUACAGAACAAUCUACGCCGAAUAAAACAUCCCAACGGAGGCAUCCUCGUUCACCAGACAGUGGAGAGGAAGGGAAGAAAUGUGGUUACACAUUCUUGGUCCCAGAACAAAAAAUCACAGGGCCAAUUUGCGUGAAUACUAAUGGACCAGGUACUGGCAACAGAAAAGAUGAAGUCACAAGAAUGGACAUAGAAAACUUGAAGGAUGUGCUGUCCAAGCAAAAGCGGGAGAUUGACAUUUUGCAGUUGGUAGUGGAUGUGGAUGGAAACAUUGUAAAUGAAGUAAAAUUACUGAGGAAAGAAAGCCGUAACAUGAACUCUCGAGUCACCCAACUCUACAUGCAACUCUUGCAUGAGAUUAUUCGAAAACGUGAUAACUCACUUGAGCUUUCCCAACUGGAAAACAAAGUCCUUAAUGUUACAACAGAAAUGUUGAAGAUGGCAACAAAAUACAAGGAGCUUGAAGUAAAAUAUGCAGCAUUGACUGAUCUUGUAAAUAAUCAGUCUGUGACCAUCUCCCUGCUAGAAGAGCAGUGCUUGCGAAUCUUCUCACGACAGGACACCCAUGGGUCUCCACCUCUUGUUCAAGUUGUGCCACAGCACAUUCCUAACAGCCAACCAUACACUCCCAUUCUUCUGGGAGGCAAUGAGAUACAGCGAGACCCAGGUUACCCUAAAGACAGAGAUGUAAGACCACCGCCUGAUCCAGCUACUUCUCCUACAAAGAGUCCUUUCAGAGUACCACCACUGGCUUUAAUAAAUGAGGGUCCAUUCAAAGACUGCCAACAAGCCAAGGAAGCUGGGCAUUCCAACAGCGGGAUUUAUAUGAUCAAACCUGAAAAUAGUAAUGAGCCAAUGCAACUAUGGUGUGAGAACAGCCUGGACCCUGGAGGAUGGGCAGUUAUUCAAAAGAGGACAGACGGAUCUGUCAACUUUUUCAGGAACUGGGACAGUUACAAGAAAGGAUUUGGAAACAUUGAUGGAGAGUACUGGCUGGGACUAGAAAAUAUUUACAUGCUUACCAACCAGGAUAAUUACAGACUAUUGAUUGAAUUAGAGGACUGGAGCAACAAGAAGGUUUAUGCAGAAUACAGCAGUUUCCGCCUGGAACCUGAAAGUGAAUUCUACAGGCUACGUUUAGGCACAUAUCAAGGAAACGCAGGUGAUUCCAUGAUAUGGCAUAAUGGAAAGCAAUUUACAACACUGGACAGAGACAGGGAUAUGUAUUCAGGCAACUGUGCUCAUUUUCACAAAGGCGGCUGGUGGUACAAUGCGUGUGCCCACUCUAACCUUAAUGGGGUGUGGUACAGAGGAGGCCACUACAGGAGCAAGUAUCAGGAUGGAGUAUUUUGGGCUGAGUACCGGGGAGGUUCCUACUCCUUGAAAGCAGUUCAAAUGAUGAUAAGACCUAUAGACUGAGAAGGAAUAUCCCACAGUGCUCAAGUGAUCACGUAUAAACUUCUCAGUGCUUGAGUUCCAGAAAAAUAAAAUAUUACUUUUUAAUCAUUAUUUUGCACAAUCUGCUCCUGCAAAAAGCAGGUCUACAGUUUUCCUGUCUUUUUUUUCCCUGUUGUGUUCACCUCUCUUUUUAGAAACGUUUUCUACUGUGACAGACAGUGUUUUUUUAAACACACAUUCA